AUGUCGGUCUCGACGCCCGCGUUGGACGGCGCGCCCGCGAUGGGGGGGCUGUUCCUCGCGCUGCGGCGCGGCGCGCCGCGCGUCGCCAUCUCGCCGGACGACGACGACGACGACGGACGAGAUGCGAUGGACGCUCUCCGCGACGCGAGGACGACGCGCGGGCGACGCGAGGGCCGCGGCGUGCGAUGCGACGAACGACGCGACGCGCGCGGGGUUCGGGGACGAACGGUCCCGUGUGGCUCGACGCGGGUGCGGCGGCGCGCGCGGGGACGGUGUGCGACCGCGCGCGGCGCCCACGCUUCGGUCCCCUCCGGCCUCGGAACUCGCGACGGUUACAAACGGUCACAAAAAUUCGCUCGUCAGAACCUCAGAUGUUAUUUUUCACGCUUGUCAUCAUCGCCGAUAGCGCGAUGGCCCUCUCUCUCUCAUCCCCCUCUUCUCUUCUUCUCCCUCCGAUCAGCGCGCGUUCCCCUCGAGCUCGUCGUCGAGGUCGAAAUCGAACUCGGUCGCGGCGUUCACCUUGAGCGGCUCCACGGCCACCUUGGCGAUCGGCGCGCCGUACUGAGGGUCGUUCCAUACGAGCGAACGUCGGAGUGGAGUUGA